AGGAAAUGGGUGUGGUUAUAGUCGUUCAAACAUGGCGACUCCCGUGUCGGUGGUAGACGAUACAGAAGAUUACUCGUUUUUGCCGCUUAUACACGACAUUAUCAAAUGCAUGGACAAAGACAACCAGGAUGUACACACUGAGAUCAACAAGUUAAGGCAGAGGAUCCAGGACACACGUGAACAGAUCUUGGCCAUGCCUGGUAUCGACCUCAGCUCUGAGGUGCAGCAGAACAAACUUCACACCCUGAGAGAUCAAGUUCGCACCAAGAAUCAGCUGUUACACAAAUACAAGGGCUUGUGUAUGUUCGACAUCCCUAAACCCUCCUGAUGCACAAUAAUAAUCAACUUUUCUACUAUGGUUUGAACACAAAGAUCCUGCUCUGAACUGCUGGCCCACAUGAGGACACUUUCUCUUCAGUCACUUUCACAUAAAUUGAUGUAUCCGUGUUACCUGUUGUUUUUAUGUUCCAUAUAUAAUAAACAACACCUGUUUUUA